CUGGUCUGUUGCUUUUUUUUUUUUUUUAAAUCUUCUUCCACCUAAGACUUUAAAAAGCAGCUUAGCAAGUUAGAUUUUCUGAGAGUUCCUUUUAUUCAGUGUAACAUGGGAUUCUUGCUAAGCUCUAGUCUAGACUGGUCACAUGACACUCAGGACAGUGAUCUGGUUAUAAGACAGCAAAUUUGCGGCGCUUGCUUCUUCCUGUUGGCUGUAGCCGGGCGGGAACUAGCUUAGUUAACAAAGGCAGAAAUAAGGUUUCUUGAGCUGCCCGAGCUGGAGGCACGCAUGUGUAUGUCGUUUGGCUCUGCCCUCCGUGACUCUACCUUAGCCUAAAUCAGAAUCUCACUUCUGACUGAAAAUUCCAGUGGUCAGUCAGGAUAUACUUUUUCAGACUUUCUUCUGGUGGGGCUUUUCCACGUUAGGAAUUUAAGUCAGUUUGUAUGUCUGGUUUUAUUGCGGAAAAUCUUGGUUCAGCGCUGGUCUCUUACCCACUGCAGUGCUUCCUGCACCCAGAGACGUACUCCUCCUGGUGAGUCACGGCUGCUGCCGGGCUCCUGGGGCAGCUUCCCGAGGCCUGGGGUGGAACCCCCACCCUGGCCCCACCCGAGGGCCCCUCCAGGUGGACGUCCGGCAGCCUCUGCAGCCCGCGAGGCAGAGGGGGGUCCGUGUCCCAGGUGCUGGUGGGCAGGGCUGGGGGUGGGGGGGGGUCCUUCCUGCACCUGGGCCUGCACCUGGGCCCUGACCGACGCGGAGGCAGAGGGAGAGCAUCUGCAGCCUUGUUCUAAGGGGCGUCUGCUCAUACUCCACGCCUUGCUCAGCCCUGGCUCCCCGCCCGUCCUGCUCACACCCCGCAUCCUAAGCGGCACCCCCACCAUCCCACCCUCCUCUGGGCCCCAGCCCCCCCACCCUCACUGCAAGUCACUGCAGCUCUGUGGUCCUGUCUCCUGAAAGCUCAUGCUCCCCUGAAAGGCAGGUGUUUUGGAGAUGGAAUGAGUGGUCCUCCUGCACUCGAGUCCUCCCCUGGACUGAGCGAUCACCUUCCCACGGCCCACGCUCCGGGCCCAGGAAGCGGACCCGCAAGGGGGCCUGUGGACACUGCGGACACUCAGGCCACGCUCCUAGAGGUUCCGAUAUUAUUGGCAGGGUGGAGCCAGGCACUGACAUCUUUCCAGGCUCCCAUGGGAUAGUCAGUGCACACCGAGACAUACCAGCCUGGCCAGCUCAUUUCCCUGCUUUUCUGCAGUUAAGUCAUGCAGGAAAUUAAUAAGUUGCUUUGAUUGGUCUUAAGUGGUGGGCAGUCCUUGUUAAAAAUCUCUCUUCAAAACUGUGUCAUUAAGAAAGAAGCCUGGUAUUCGAGUAAACCAUUCUCUGACCCCCGUUCCUGUGUCUGCUCUGGCCCCUCCCAUUAUGAUUGAAAAAAGAAACGACCUUCAUGACUUUCAAAGAUCUAACUGGACGGUAAGGUCAGCAUAGAGUGAGACACAGGGUGAACUUGGGGUUUUCUGCAGUUGGAAAUGGGCUUUGUGAAAGUCUGUCCUUGGAUGCUGUGGACAUCGUGCAGAAAGUCUGUUAAACAUCUCCUCCUUCCCGAAAGGUUUGCCGUCUGAAUGUGGGAGUCCGUUCACAAAAGAGGAGAACAUGCAUUAUUUAUAACUGUCUUUAGCAUCAAGUGGAAGGUGUCAUGUUAUUUAAGAAUGGUGUUCAUGCUUCUGUGGAGUCGGUGUGCAUGUGUCCCCUCUGCAAUCCUGAAGUCAUCCCUGCAAAUAAUGAGAACUCCUCUCUGUCAGAAAAGGGGAUUUUAGUCCAGAGUCUUUCCAUUAUUCAUUUCUUCGUAGCUCUGAGUAAACAUCUAGUCAUUUAAAGGGCUAAGUGUUCAAUUUUUCUGCUGAAAAAAUCAGCGGCCCAUCUUCUCCCUGAGAUGUACGGAGCUGCUGAAGUAGCUCGUAACUAGAUUCGUGUCAGUCGUUCAUGUGUACCUUUGCCAUUGGUUACUUUCAGAACUGACUUAACUAGGUAUGUAAUAUACUGUAUUUUUUGUUGUAUUAAUAAACUUCAUUUAUAAAAUUCACUAAUAAAAUUCAUUUUGGAAUAAUUUUGUAUUUCGGUUCACUCCUGCUGCUGGACGUUUUAUGAGUCUCGACAAAUGUGUAAUGACGUGUGUCUACUGUUAGCGUAGCAUUCAGAACAGUGUCACUGCCCUGAACAUCCUUGCGUUCCAUCUAAUCAUUCCUCUCCCCACUCGGCCCUUGGCCACCACUGACCUUUGUAGUGUCUCCCUAGUUUUGCCAUUUCCAGAAAGUCAUGUCCCUGGAGUUGUUAAAGAAAAAAAUGACACUUGUUGAAGAGCAGUGAAGCAGACUGUGCUCGGCUGCGGGGGUGGUACCACAGGGGAGUUCCGCAGUAGGGGAGAGAGGUGGGGCUCACCCCCACACACAGAAGGGGAAGUGGGGAUUUACAGCCACAGAGCAGGUGGGAAGUCCGUCCGUGAAUGGAAACCACUAAGAGGAACACGAGCCAUCAGAGGGGACCGGGCCCUGCUGACCUAACAGGACCCUUCCCGAGAGCAGGCGGGGAUGGGCAGCAGGAUCCGUGCUGGGGCUGCGUGAGGCAGACGCAGACAUGGGAUUUCAGGGCAAUGAGUGUUCCGGGGAGCCUGACGGAGGAGGACUCCAUGAAAGAUGACAGAGGAGGUCAUCGUGAUAGCCAAGUGGGACUACACGGCCCAGCAGGACCAGGAGCUUGACAUCCGGAAGAACGAGCGUCUGUGGCUGCUGGACGACUCCAAGACCUGGUGGCGGGUGCGGAACGCGGCCAACCGCACGGGCUACGUGCCGUCCAACUACGUGGAGAGGAAGAACAGCCUGAAGAAGGGCUCGCUGGUCCGGAACCUCAAGGACACGCUCGGACUCGGCAGGACCCGCAGGAAGACCAGCGCCCGCGACGCGUCGCCCACGCCAAGUACGGACGCAGAGUUCCCCGCCAACGGGGGCGGCGCCGACCGCAUCUACGACCUCAGCAUCCCGGCCGUGGUCAAGUUCGCCUACGCGGCCGAGCGCGAGGACGAGCUGUCGCUGGUGAAGGGCUCGCGCGUCACCGUCAUGGAGAAGUGCAGCGACGGCUGGUGGCGGGGCAGCUACAACGGGCAGGUGGGCUGGUUUCCGUCCAACUACGUGCUGGAGGAGCUGGACGAGGCGGCUGCCGACGCGCCCGGAGGCCCGAGCCUGCGGCCGGGCGCCGCACUCAGCAACGGCCAGGGCGCGCGGGUCCUGCACGUGGUGCAGACGCUGUACCCCUUCAGCUCGGUCACCGAGGAGGAGCUCAACUUCGACAAGGGCGAGACCAUGGAGGUGGUGGAGAAGCCCGAGGACGACCCCGAGUGGUGGCGCUGCCGCAACGCCCGCGGCCAGGUCGGCCUGGUGCCCAAGAACUACGUGGUGGUGCUGAGCGAGCGCCCGGCCCCGCACGCCGGCUCCGGCCCCGCGGGGCCCGCGCGCUCCGGCCGCUUCGCGGGCCGGGAGUGGUACUAUGGCAACGUGACGCGCCACCAGGCCGAGUGCGCGCUCAACGCGCGGGGCGUGCAGGGCGACUUCCUGGUCCGCGACAGCGAGUCCUCGCCCAGUGACUUCUCCGUGUCUCUCAAAGCAUCAGGGAAGAACAAACACUUCAAGGUGCAGCUGGUGGACAAUGUCUACUGCAUCGGGCAGCGGCGGUUUCACAGCAUGGACGAGUUGGUGGAACACUACAAAAAGGCCCCCAUCUUCACCAGCGAGCACGGGGAGAAGCUCUACCUCGUCAGAGCCCUGCAGUGACCGCCGCGGCCUGCGUGCCCCCCGUGGGUGACCUGCAGCCCGGGCCCUGUCCAUGGUACUGCUCCCUCCGCCCGGUGCUCCUUUCCGCCUGCCCCCUCGCCAUCCCAGGCCCCGCCGGCCAGUUUAGGAGACGGGGCAGUGGAAGAGGGGCGAGUUUGUCCACUUUAUUCCUUCUACUUGGGAAACAGCCUUAGUCUGUUCAAACCGCUCAGGCCAACAGACCCCUCGUAAAGGAGACACCGGGCGCGGUUUGAAUGCACCGAAGCUGCCGUUAAUUCAGUGAACUACAGCACCUUCGAGAGUGGUGCCGGGGCUCUGGGCGGCACCGGCAAGGGUCCUGGCCCUGGUCCUGGCAGCCCCGGGCCCACGUCCUUGGCGCAUACACGGCCCCAGACUCUCCGGGGUGGGAGUCGGGGCCGUGUGCUCGUGGCAAUACCAGAACCGCCGGGUGAGACAGGAGGGAGGAUGCUGUCCAGUGCCUUUGGGGCUGUGCUUGCAAUAAAGAAAAGAUGUCCUUGAAGGUCGGUCUGCAGGAGAGGGGCCGGAGACUUGGAGAGACAGAGGCUUUGGAAAUGUACCCCCAGGUGUGCCGUCUGCCAGUGCUUUUUCCUCCAGCCCUGCGGCUCUGUUUCGAUUUCACAACUAUGUAUUUAAUUCUCAAAGUGAUACGUAUCUGUAGCCAUUUGUUGACACUAAUACAGAUGAUUAAGGAAAACAGCUGAUCUUUGGGGAAGGGGAGUGACCAACACUUCGUGCACACACACACACACACACACACACUAUAUAUAUAUAUAUAAAUAUAUAUUAUUUGCUUUACAGGGAAAUUUUUCAGGGUUUACAAAAGAAUAUGUGAUGGGUAGUAAGACACAGAAUGUUUAUGAAGAAAACGCAUUUUCUUUCUUCUUUACAUUUGAACUCCUUUAUAGUUUAAAUACACAGUCUUGAGAUGGCGCAUUCCUACAAUUGAGGAAGGGGUUUUAAGACCCCCUAAACUUGCAUACUCAGUUUUUUGGAUAUUGUAAUAAAAAAAGUAUUAAGACAA